AUGGACCGUGCCAGGCGAGUAUCUGUUCCCCCUAAAAGGUUCAGGGAUGGGUCCCCAGGUGGUUAUAGGGCUCCUGCAAAGGUGAAAAGAGUUAGUACUGUGGAGAAUCCCCAUCCCUCACAGGAGGACAUGAUACCAUGUGGGCAGGGUUCUAGGGCCCCCUCUCUGGCUCCCCCAGGCUCUCCAUCCUUGUAUGAGGGUGGGGAGUCGAGUGGUGGUGAGACUGAGGUGGGGGAGGCAGUGAGUUUGCAGGAGGAAAGGGAGUUUGAGCAGGCCUCAAGCCCUGGGCCAGGUAGUGCAGAGCUUGAGGCCUCUUUGUUGUCCUCAAUGGCAAGCAUACAGGCUUUGCCAGCGGAGGCUGCUGCAGGGGUUAUGUCCCUGUUGCAGGCCUUGGUGGCGGAAGCCACGCAUGGGGGUUCUGCAGGCCCUGGGCCCGUCAGUGGGCCUGGGGUAGUAGUAGGCCCCGGGCCUAGUUCUGGGCCUGUUGUGCCUGGGGUUGGGCCCUCUAUUGGGGUCAGUGUGGGCUCCGGUCCUAGUUCUGGGCCUGGGAGGCCUGGGGCUGGGCUCUCAUUCGGGCCUGGUAUUCCGGUAGGCCCUGGGCCUAGCUCCGGGCCUGUGGGGCCUGGGGCUGGGCCCUCUUUUGGAUCCGGUGUGCAUGUCCCUUGUGAGUCAGGGCCUAUUAGGCCAGGGCCUAGCUCUGGAGCGGACUCCGGUGGUCAGGCAGGGGCUAGUGGGGGCUCCAGUGCAGGGCAGGGUCGGCCUAGUGCCGGUGCUUACCCGGCCCCGGUUCAGGAGCGUGGCGGCGGUUCGGUCGGGCCUUUGGGCCUGGCUGGGCAGCUGCGGCUGGGUAGGCCUCUUGCCAGUAGUAGCCCAUACGAGGUGGCUUCGGGUGGGGGCCUCCCGGUUGCUGUGCGCGUGAGUACUGCGCGUCGUAGCCCCGCCCCUUCCGGUGACGCACUUCCGGUGCGGCAGACGGAACCGGAAACCCCCUUGCGAGGCCUCGCCAGUGAUCACGGUCGCAGGGGGAAGCAGCCAGUGGGCAGGAGUGGGUCCUCGCACGGUACCCGAGCUGGUAAGUCGGGGGUACCGGGGCCGGGGACCGGACCUGCCGGAGGUGUGGGGGGCAUGUUGGCAGCUCCAAGGUACGAGGAGCCGAGGGUCCAGCAGCAAGGGCCAGUGCGGGGUGUACCCGGAGAUGUGGUGCAAGGGAGUGAGAUGCCUAUAGGUGGGGGGCCCAGCAGAACGCAUCAGCAGGGGCAAUUGAGCAGGGGGCCUGUGAGUGCUGCACAGAUGGAUGGUGAGGUGAGAUGUUAG